GUCGCGCAGGAGUUGACGCUCCUGGCUGUCCUGGCCCCCUUGACCUCGAGUGAACUGUCGGCUGGCCUUCCGCUUUCUCGCGUCCUCUUCCGGGCUGGCUCUAAGAAGGGUGGGUAUUCGCGUCUGCUUGCGCCUGAGGAAGCCCUUCUCUCCAAGCUGUCUGACCCUGCUCGUGGCCGUGCGUGUGGCCCUGUGCUUGACAUUUCUCAUAGCCCUCACUUCAACCUCUGCUGGUUGCGCACGUUGGAGUGGCUCCUUUUUCUUCUGGAGAACUUUCGACUCCGCUCGUUUGCAGUCGAGCCUCCCUGCGCUACGUUUUCUCCUGCGGCCUUCCCGGCCCUGCGCUCCUACAAAGAACCCCGAAACUACAACCCCCUUGAAGGGCGAACGCUCCACGGCGCCACUUUGGCUCUGAGGGCCUUGACUCUGCUCUUUGUUUCCCUCCGGCUGGGGGUGCCGGGCAUUCUCGAGCAGCCCCGAAGGUCAAAGAUGGCCUGGCUUCCUGAGUGGAAGUGUCUUCUUGAGCUUGGCGCGACUGAGGCCUUCACCGCCUCCUGCCCUUUUGGCAGCCCGCGCCAGAAAGAGUUCCGCUUCUUGCAGGUCUGCGUUGAUCUGGCGCCGAUCUGCCGACCCUGCGCCCGGGACCACGAGCAUGUGCGAAUCCAGGGCAAGUGCACAGCGCCUUCGGCCAAGUACACCCCUCUCCAAGCCAUCGCUUCCGUCUUUGACGAGACCCUCCGAGGCAAGGGCUCUACGCGCAACCUGCUUGCUGUCAGGGCCGACGGCCUUGAGUCGCUGCUUGCCAACGACGUUGCCUUGAACCUCGACUGGACUGAAGGGAAGUCGUGGCAUUGGAGAGGUUGCUUAGGUUGCUCUCACAUUUUGGAGUCCUCCUCUCUGCUCCGCCUCUGCCAGCAUUUAGCCAAGAAGGGCCCUCGCCGUGUGGUUGUGCUCAUAGACUACUCUGUGGCCUUGAAUUCGGCCGCCAAGGACCACAGCCCCUCACGUACUUGCCCCAGUCCUCCGCAGAAUCGCGGCUACCUGCGUCGCUGCUGGACUUCGUGUCUCCUUCCACUUCUGCCCGACUUGCCUGAAUCAGCAGACUGCCCUACAAGGGACAGGCCGCUUCCCGAGCCACUUGGCCGGUCCAUUGCCUCCCGCCUGGACUCGGGCAGCCUCUACGAGCUUGCUACCUUGCCAAAGCUCCGCAGAUGGGCGGCCAACGGGGCUAGUUCGCCUGCUCCGCCCACGCCUCCGGCGCUUCAGCCUGACUGUGGUUGGCGCUCGCUGCGGCACAGCAGCCGGCUUUUCGAUUCUAGUUUAGGUUUUCUUGGGGAGGGCCCGAGGGUUUCUAGGCUCGGGGUUCUGCUCUGCCUGCUGCUUGUAGCUUGCUUCCCUUCGUGCCAUGGCGCGCUGGUUCCCAGAGACGCUGCUGACAGGAAGAGACAGGCUGCCAGGACUGGUGCUACGCUGCCUUCUGGAAGACCCGUCGAGCGGCCCACCCAGGACCGACGCGACAAGCUGCUUAAGGCUUUUGAACGCUGGCUCGCUACACGUGGCGGCUCUUUGGAUGACAUAUGUGGUAUUGGCCGGCAGUUUGUCGCCGAGGCCAAUAAACAGCUGGCUGAUUAUGGUCGCGAACUGUUUCGAGCUGGAUGGCCUUAUUCUCACUUUUCUGAGGUUAUAAAUGCUGUCUCGUCGCGGGAGCCGAGUCUCCGCCGCUGCCUUCAGCCUGCCUGGGACGUAGCCUUUGCGUGGCUGAGAGAGGAACCUCAUACUCAUCAUGUUGCCUUGCCUUGGCAAGCCCUGCUUGCAGUCAUUGCUACAGCUCUGAUUUGGGGGUGGCCUAGAACGGCAGGCUGCAUUGCGCUGACUUGGGGCGCUCUCCUGAGGAUCGGGGAAACCUUGGCUGCCACCCGUGCCGACCUUCUGCUCUCCGGUGACGUCGAGGAUACUUGUGGCUAUGCUUUGCUCUCCAUCGCUGAGCCCAAGACGCGGUUCAAAGCUGCUCGCCAUCAAGUUGCUCGACUGGACCAGCCAGCCGGACUUACUGAAGUUGGUUGUGCUCGCCUUUAA